UUCCCCUAAAAUUCCCCUUACUGUUCAAAGUUGCAUUUCGUUUGUUUUAUACAUUUCUCGUAUAGAAUAUAUUGAGGCCGUUCAAACAGUUAAAUUACAAGCUGAUAUUGUUCUCCAGUGAUACUCUAUAUGGUCAAGAUGUUUGGCGUCGUCGAAGGUCCAGCAAACAGGCCAGAUGCUAAAGAGGAAAAAGCACCUCCCAAAGCAAAACCUCGUCUUCCUGCCAACCUAAUUCACUUUAUUGAUUGCAAUCAAGGUGCGGUCAGAGCUGUUCGAUUCAAUGGGGAUGGCAACUAUUGCCUGACAUGCGGUAACGACAAAUCUAUUAAAUUGUGGAAUCCUGAAAAACAAAUGUUAAUAAAGAAGUACACUGGUCAUGGCUAUGAUGUGUUAGAUGCUGCCAGCUCGAAUGACAAUUGCCAGAUUGCGUCUUGUGGCUCAGACAAAUCAGUUAUGUAUUGGGAUGUGGCUUCAGGCCAGAUAAUUAGAAGGUUUCGUGGUCACGCUGGUCGUGUAAACUGCGUUCAGUUUAAUGAGGAAUCCACAGUUAUAUUAUCUGGGUCAGUCGACUCCUCUAUUCGGGCUUGGGAUUGUCGGUCCAAAAAAGGAAGCGCUAUUCAAAUAAUGGAUGAAGCCAAGGAUAGCAUUUCCGCUCUGCAAGUCUCAGACCAUGAAAUCUUGUCUGGUUCUAUCGAUGGUAAAAUCCGUCGCUAUGAUCUUAGAAUAGGCUCCAUGCAUUCAGAUAACAUUGGGUCUGCCAUAACUAGCACAUGUUUCACUAAAGAUGGGCAGUGUACACUUACUUCAACACAUGAUAACACUAUCAGAUUGCUUGAUGUUGCAACUGGUGAAAUGUUAGGAGAAUACAUGGGACACAAGAACGCUAAAUACAUGAUCGAAUGUGCGUUAAACCGUAAAGACGAUCACGUGAUCAGCGGCUCCGAAGACGGUCACAUCUACAUGUGGGACUUAGUGGAAGCAAGUGUAACGAAAAAACUUUUAGUAAAACGAAACAAAGUCAUUCAUUCGCUAAGCAUGCACCCCGAGAAAGACGUUAUGUUGGUAGCGUGCGAAAAUAAGAUUUAUAUGUUCGCUGACGACUUUUACGAGCUGCCGGACAAUAUUGCGUGAUGAGCGUGGUCGUUACGCAGUUGGUUAUAUUUGCGAGAGUUCUGAAUGGCAUUCGAAUCGUUUUUCGUGGGAGAAAAUCAGUCGAACUGUGUCCUAUAAGCAUUACAUACCUGUUUAAUGUCUAUGCCGCUAUUUCUGCAUUACAAAUAAAUUACAAAAA